AUGGCACUGUCCUCACCACUUUUAACAGGGAAUCUGGGAAAAGUUGCAAAGUCUACACCUUUAGUAAGGCUGGGACCUUGUUUACCUGGUGCACCUUACGCUACUUCUAAAGAUGGCACAGCUCGGACAUCCAAUCUUCAACUUUAUGACUUGAAAAUUGGGACAUGUUUGAAGUUUUUAAUCCAGAAAAAAAUGCAAAAUUGGUGUUCAUCCUGGUCAGAAGAUGAAAAUUUUUGUCCCUGGAAUGUUAACAAUGAAGUUCACUUCUUUGAAAACAAUUUCAACAUAAUUGCAAAUAAAUUAAAUUUGCAGAAAAUUCAUGAUUUGGUGUUAUCACCUGGACCCCAGCCAUACAAGGUGGCUAUCUAUGUUCCAGGAAGCAAAGGAGUACCUUCGUAUGUUAGAUUGUAUCAGUACCCCAACUUUGGUGGACCUCAUGCAGCUUUAGCCAAUAAAAGUUUCUUUAAGGCUGAUAAGGAUACAAUGCUAUGGGAUAAAAAAGCUACUGCUGUCUUGGUAAUAGCUAGUACAGACGAUAAUAAGACAGGAGCUUCCUAUUAUGGGGAACAGACGUUGCAUUACAUUGCAACAAAUGGAGAAAGUGCCAUAGUGCAACUUCCAAAAGGUGGCCCUAUUUAUGAUGUGGUUUGGAAUUCUAGUUCUAUUGAAUUUUGUGCUGUGUAUGGUUUUAAGCCUGCCAAAGCAGCACUUUUCAACUUGAAAUGUGAUCCUGUGUUUGACUUUGGAACUGGUCCUCAGAAUGCAGGCUCCUAUAGCCCUCAAGGACAUAUAUUAGUACUAGAUGGAUUUGGAAAUCUGAGAGGACAAAUGGAAGUAUGGGAUGUUAAAAACUACAAGCUUAUUUCUAAACCAGUGGCUUCUGAUUCUACAUAUAUUGCUUGGUGCCCAGAUGGUGAGCAUAUUUUAACAGCCACAUGUGCUCCCAGGUUACGUGUUAAUAAUGGGUAUGAGAUUUGGCAUACUGGCUCUGUAUUGCACAAGUAUGAUGUGCCCUCAAGUAGAGAGCUAUGGCAGGUUUCAUGGCAGCCAUUUUUGGAUGGAAUAUUUCCAGCAAAAACAAUAAUUUACCAAGCAGUUCCAAGUGAAACCCAGUGAGGAAAUAAAGUUGCAACAGCAUAUAGAUGCCCUGCUUUCAGAAAUAAGCCAGUCACCAAUUCCAAGCUGCAUGAAGAGAAGCCACCUCAGAACAUGAAACCACAAUCAGGAAAUGAUAAACCCUCAUCAAAAACAGCCCUUAAAAAUCAAAGGAAGCACAAAGCAGUUAAGAAAGCUGCAGAGCAGGAAGCAAGAAGCAACAAAAGUCCAGAUUUGCCAUCUACUCCUGUGCCACAAAGCACACCACGAAACCCGACUACUCAGUCAACUUCUGGAGACCUGGAGGUAGACAAAAAAAUCAAGAACCUAAAGCAGAAACUGAAAGCAAUUGAACAACUGAAAGAACAAGCAGCAAGUGGAAAACAGCUAGAAAAAAAUCAGUUGGACAAAAUUCAAAAAGAGACAGCCCUUCUUCAGGAGCUGGAAGAUGUGGAAUUGGGUGCUUAA